CUUGGUAGCCAAAUGGCGUCAGACGGCGGUACCAAGAUCGACAUAGGCGCACGGAUCAAGAAAGCAAGGGCUGCCUUUGCGAGUUUAAGAAAUAUCUGGAAAAACAGGCAGAUAAGUGAACGCACCAAAAUACGAAUUUUCAACUCUAACGUGAAAUCUGUGCUGUUAUACGCUAGCGAAACAUGGUGUGUAUCAGUGGAGAACACUCAACGGCUGCAGGUGUUCAUUAACAGAUGCCUGCGGUAUAUAAUUCGGGCCUGGUGGCCUCACAACUGGAUCCCAAACAACGAGCUCCAUCGUCGUUGUCACCAGAGGCCGAUAACAACAGAAAUUCGGGAUCGGAAGUGGGGCUGGGUCGGCCACACUUUACGUAGGGGCGGAAACGAAAUCUGUAAGCAAGCAUUAGACUGGAACCCAGCGGGACAUCGCAGCAGAGGCAGACCCAGAGGCUCAUGGCGGAGAAGCCUCAAUAAAGAAAUAAAAGAAGUCGACCGAAAUCUAACCUGGCAACAGGUUAAAGCGAUAGCUGGGCAUCGCUCAGGAUGGAGAUCUUUCAAGUCGGCCCUUUGCACCACCGGAGGUGUACAGGAUCCAUAAGUAAAUACAUAAUGGCCAUGGAAAGUACGAAGGUUGGAACCUACGAAAGUAAGGAUGACACAGGGGAACAUGGGUUCCAUUACCAACGUGGCCUUGCAUAUGGGUCACUUUUAAAGCUGAUUCGUAAAAAAUACAGCUUUGACUUUUAUUACGAGAGGCAAGAUGCAGACAAGUUUGACGACCUUACGGUUACAGUCAAACAAAGCGAAACCGUGCAGGGGUACUUUGUACAAGUGAAGCAUGCGUCUAAAGAAGGAUCAACAAUCGAGUACAGCCAGUUAUUCCCCGACCAUAAUGAUAAAAGCACUAACAGCGAUUUCAGUAUGUUCAAAUAUUUCAAAUCAUAUCUCAUAUUGCAAAAAAUGGAUCCACGUGAGAAACAAUUGAUCAUAUUCACAAAUAAUACUUUGAGAGAGACGGAUGAACUAAAGAAAUUGGUAUCAUUUUCCGUUGGCAACACUGACAAGAUAAUGAAUGAAGUUCUGCAAAUAGUUCCAGCUGGAAGACAGGCGACAUUUAAGCCCACUGCAGAGGCCUGCAAGCUGCUCAAGGACUAUAUCAACAAGGAAUUUCUGGCAAUAAAGAAAUUCAUAGUCGAUCUUUUCGGGAAUGCAACAGAUUUAGUUGUGUUGGAUAAUCAUAAACACCUUCUGCAUCGGAUUCUCAGUCAGACGUUGAAUUCUGUAGCCUUUAUUGACGGUUUCGAUGAGCAUAACGCAAACGAAGACGUAUUAAAAAUUUUUAAUGCAAUCAAACUAGAUCUAGAUGUCAGUAGUGUUAAGAUCUCUCCGAAAAAAGAAAUAUUCAAGAAAUGGCCCGACGUGGAUAAAGAUUUCUUACCGCUUAAAGAAUCAAUAACAGACUUAUGCCUUAAGGGAAAUGUGUCGAAGUUGUUGGUAAAUUAUAAAGCCGCCUUGAUGAAUAUCAUUGAAAAAUCAAGACAAACACUGUGUUUUGCGAAAUCUUUUAUUGACCAUAGUAAUAUAUGCAAGACUCUGGAAGGCAAACUGAAAUCAUUGGAAGGUGUGGAAGUUAAACCAAAUGAGAUGUUUCUUAAUGAGAAAAAGGUCAAUCACAAAAACUUGCCUAAGGAAGAGAAAGAAUUUACAAAUCUCGUAGAUGCUCUGGUGGAACUAUUUGAGAAAGGAACUGUAAAAGAUAUUUUAAAACAGUAUCGAAUUCCACUGUGUCAAGUAUUGGAAAUAUCUGGAAAAGAUAAAUACAAGUUCAAAAAAUCUUUUAUAAUGUCAAGUAUUUUGUGCCAGCAAUUGGAAAAAAAAUUCGUGAACCUAAAUGAAAAGGAAAUUACUCUUGAAGAAGCUUUUUUUGAUAAUCGUAAAACAAAGAUACGUAUAAUACCCGAGAAUAAGGAUGAGAUUGAACAUCUCGCAACCGCUAUAGAAGAAGUAUUUGAAACAGGAACUAUUAAUGAGACACUAAAUAAAUAUAAAACUUUUCUUAAAAGCGUUCUAGCUGAAAAAGAGGGCAAUGAAUCAUUUCGAUUUUCAAAAUCCUUUUACGAACAUUAUGAACUAUAUAAAAUAUCUGAAUACUUAACGCGAGUAGAAGUUAUUCCGGAAGAGAUGUUCCUAGAUAAGAAUUUUCCGGACAAAGGCAAUGAGUUUGAUUCACUCACAAAUGCCAUAACGCGAUUUUUCAAUGAUAAAACUGUGGAUUAUGUACUAAAAAAAUACAAAUCUGAAAUGACGUUGAUUAUUGAAAAGUCUGGAAAUAAUUUUAAGUUUACUUCAUCAUUCAUAGCUGGUAGUAAAUUAUGCAGAGUUUUAGAAAGUGAGAUGGGUGAAUUGGACGGUGAGGAAGCGAAAAAUUCAACAAAAAUAUUAUUGGAUGGAAAAGAAUCGAAAUUCAAAAGCAUUCCGACUGAUGAAGCCGAGUUCAACACAUUUAAAGAUGCACUGAAAAAAAUGUUUGAAACCGGUGCGGUGGCUGAAAUUUUGGAAAAAUAUAAAUCGGCGCUUUAUCAAGUUUUGGAAAAGACGGAUAAUAAACAUGGGCUGAAGUUCAGGAAAACAUUCAUUGCCAGCAAUAGACUAUGCAAGGCGUUAGAAAAACAGUUACGGAGUUUGGAGAAAAUUUCUGUCACUACAGACACAGACCUUUUCGAUGAGAACAGCUUGCCGUCUGAAUCUAGGCAAUUUGAAGACUUAAAGAAUGCUAUCGAGGAUCUAUUCAAAACAGGAAAGGUUGCUGAUAUAUUGAAGGAAUAUAAAGUGGCACUAAAUAAUGUCCUUGAAAAAACCGAAGAUGGAAAAAAACUGAGAUUCAAAACAAAUACGAACAUCGUUUUAUGCAAACUUCUUGAAAUUGAUCUGAAAAGCUUAAGUAAAGUUAGAAUCACUGUACCGUCAACGCUGUUGGAUGCCAAGAACUCCAAAUUGAAAAUUUUUCCAACUGUUGACAGCAACAUUAUUUCACUCCGAAACGCUGUUCAAAGUUUAUGGAAAAAUGGCAGCGUUGGUAAAGUUUUGCUCAAGUAUCAAACUCCUUUGCAAGAAAUUUUGGUAAAAAAUUAUGAUGGAUCAAUAAAGCUUGCCUCAAGUUUUAAAAAUCGAAAUGAUAAUCAAAGCAUCAGAUUAUUGUUCGAAUUAUUGAAGGCGGAUUCUAUCGACAUGAAUUUGGAAGUUAAGCCACAAAGACUAUUAUUCAAAACUUUGCCUUCUUCUCUCGACCAUGUAAAUCGACUUAAAAAUUCUCUCGUGGAGUUUUUCAAAACAGGCGCCGUAGACGAUGUGCUGAUCGAUUACCAAGUCGGUUUGAAAGAUAUUCUGAAGCCUUGUUAUGAAAUUAAAUUUUCAAAAUCUUUCUCUGAACCCAGCGAAGAAUUUGAAUUGCUUCACAAACAGUUGCAGAAUGACAAUAUUGAUUAUUUGGAUAGAAGUUUGUCAGUAUUUGUGAAAAAUCGAAUAUUAGAUGAAAAAACUUCUGGUCUAAGAAAAAUGCCGUUUUUUGCGGAGAAAUCAGACAUAGAAUCUUUUUUCAAACAGUUUGUCUUGUUGCACAGUCAACCACAUGAUCUGAACCCGUUCGUGGUUGAUGAACUUUUCUUAUGUAUGAAACCAUGGAUGAGAACGGACGUGUUUGGAAACUUAAGAAAAGAGGACGGAGAGCGAGCAUUCAAAACAUUUGAAGAAAGUUUCAAGGAAGCAUUAAAAAAUGGAACAGAAAAAAAUGAAAACAAUGUUUUGAGCGAGAGAUCGCUUGAUGUUUUCCAAAAGCAGUUACAAGAUGACUUUGAGAAAGUAUAUCCGGAGUUGAAAGCACAUAAACAGUUGAGAACGGACGCAGAAACCGAAAUCGUAAGUGAUCAGUCAUUGAAGACAUAUAAAAUCAAAUUUAACAACAUAUUAGAUACUUUUUUAAAAUCGAAUAUGAAAUAUAUCGAAAUUGCUGAUAAACAACUGGUGAUCGAUUUGAACGACAAGCUUAAAGAAUAUCAGUGCUUUAUUUUGACAGCUGAACCUGGAAUGGGGAAAACGAUGUUUCUGCAUUACGUCGCUCUCGAAAUGCAGAAAGAGAACAACAUGGGAACGGUACUUCUCGUUGAUUUGAAUAAAAUACAAAACUUGAGUGAAAAAGCAAAAGAUAAUGUGCUGAAUAUACUCGAACCAAUUUUAUCUCCUACAAACUUCAAACGUAUUCGGAAUGUCAUGAAUGAAUCAACGAAAAACGAACCAAUCACGAUUUUUUUUGAUGCCUUCGAUGAAAUCCAUGAAGUCAACAGGGAUAUUGUCAUAGACCUGUUCAAAGCUCUUUUUCAAUCGAAGAGCUUACGACUAAUAAUCUGUGGAAGAAAACAUAUUGAGCAGAUUCUGACAGAAGGAUUCAACACAUUUGAAUGGAAACCAGUUAUGUUAUCAAUACGUCCUAUGGGAGAUGAAACCCGAAAACUUAUGAUGAAAAAAAUCUGGAAUGUGUCUGACGAUAAUCUGUUUAACGAAUAUUCUGAAAGAUUGCUUGGCAAAACUAAAGUCCUUAUUCCGCUGUUGGACAAAAUCUUGGCUGAACUUUUUAGAGAGAGGUUCAAAAAGUUUUGUGGCAAAGCCAAGAAGGAACAGGAAAAAGAAUUAAACGAACUCGAACGAAAUCGAUUUGAUCAGGUAACAAUUUAUGAAAUGUUCUUUAACACGAUUUUUAGAACGAAUGCACCAGUUGCAAUAUAUGAUGAAAUCAGCUCUUUAUAUGAUUCAUGCGUUCAUGGCAGCUUCGAUGAACAUUUAUUACUGGCAAUCAAAACACUUGACGUAACGGAACUGGAUAAGAAGUUCAAAAAUGUUGGAAACCGAAGAAAAUAUGACAAUUUCCGCCAAAAAUGUUUCAAAGCCUCUGAGAAGUCCAUUCUCAUAGAAAUUGUCAACAAAGAAAUUAAAUUUACUCAUCAGUCUUUUGGAGAAUUUUUGAUUGCAAAAUAUUUAUUCGACAAUCUUCACGAUCACAAGACCUUCUUGUCAGAUAUAUUUCGUCGGAACGAAAAUAUAAAAACCUAUACCAUGAUGAUGAUUGAAAAUCAUACUGUUAGAAGUAUCGACAAAAACGAUGAAGAGAAACAAAUAUGGUUCCAAGAUCUUGGCGAGCUUUUCGAAGAAUGUAAUCAAAUAGCAUUAUUUGCGUGUGAGAGCAGUUGCUUUGAGUUGGUGAAAUUUUUCCUUGGAAAAUAUAAAACACAAUCAGAGAAUUUUGUCGGAUACGAUAAAAUGCUUCAUGUGGCGAUUGGCAAUGGAAGCUUAGGCAUUUGCAGCCUUCUAAUAAAUGAUUACAAGUUUGAUGUCGACAAACCACUAAAUGGUAACCCUCCAAUCUGUGUAUGCAACGUACUUGAAAGAAUUAUUAAUCUGAAUUUAGGAAAGGAAGUCAAACCUUUGUAUCCUUUGUUCCUUGCCGCUGUGAAAGGUCAAAAUGAAAUUGUGGAGUUGUUGAUCGAAAAAGGUACAAACAUUGAACUAUCGACGAAUGAAGGCCAUACGGCAAUGCAUGUCGCGGCCCUAAGUGGAAAAGUGGAUGUUUUGAGAACUUUGAUUGAUAAAAAAGCCAAAAUUGAUGUACAUGAUAAAAAUGGUUGGACGCCUCUGCACUGUGCCGCUCAAGAAGGUCACAACGAUGCAGUGGUAUUGUUGAUCCGCAAAGGUGCUAACAUCGAGCUAUCGACGAAAUAUGAUGGUGUGACGCCUCUGCACUGUGCCGCUCAAGAAGGUCACAACGAUGCAGUGGUAUUGUUGAUCCGCAAAGGUGCUAACAUCGAGCUAUCGACGGAAGAUGGCAGAACGGCAAUGCAUGUCGCUGCUUUCAAAGGAAGAGUGGAUGUUUUGAGCACUUUGAUUGAUAAAAAAGCCAAAAUUGAUGCACAAACUGAAAAUGGUGUGACGCCUCUGCACUGUGCCGCUCAAGAAGGUCACAACGAUGCAGUGGUAUUGUUGAUCCGCAAAGGUGCUAACAUCGAGCUAUCGAAGGAAGCUGGCAGAACGGCAAUGCAUUCCGCUGCCUUCUAUAGAAGAGUGGAUGUUUUGAGCACUUUGAUUGAUAAAAAGGCAAAAAUUGAUGCACAUGAUGAAAAUGGUUGGACGCCUCUGCACAAUGCCGCUCAAGAAGGUUACAACGAUGCAGUGGUAUUGUUGAUCCGCAAAGGUGCUAACAUCGAGCUAUCGACGAAAUAUGGCAGAACGGCAAUGCAUAUCGCUGCCUUCAAUGGAAGAGUGGAUGUUUUGUGCACUUUGAUUGAUGAAAAAGCCAAAAUUGAUGCACAUGAUAAAGAUGGUUGGACGCCUCUGCACUAUGCCGCUCAACAAGGUCACAACGAUGUAGUGGUAUUGUUGAUCCGCAAAGGUGCGAGGAAAGAUGACAGAACGGCAAUGUUUUCCGCUGUCUUCAAUAGAAGAUUGGAUUUUUUGCGCACUUUUAUUGAUAAAAAGGCAAAAAUUGAUGCACAUGAUGAAAAUGGUGUGACGCCUCUGCACUGUGCCGCUCAAGAAGGUCACAACGAUGCAGUGGUAUUGUUGAACCGCGAAGGUGCUAACAUCGAGCGAUCGGCGAGAAAUGGCAUAACGGCAAUGCAUAUCGCUGCCUUCUAUGGAAGUGUGGAUGUUUUGUGCACUUUGAUUGAUGAAAAAGCCAAAAUUGAUGCACAUGAUAAAGAUGGUUGGACGCCUCUGCACUAUGCCGCUGAACAAGGUCACAACGAUGCAGUGGUAUUGUUGAUCCGCAAAGGUGCGAGGAAAGAUGACAGAACGGCAAUGCUUUCCGCUGCCUACAAUAGAAGAAUGGAUGUUUUGCGCACUUGUAUUGAUAAAAUGAGAAAAUUUGAUGCACAUGAUGAAAAUGGUUGGACGCCUCUGCACUGUGCCGCUCAAGGAUGUCACAACGAUGCAGUGGUAUUGUUGAACCGCGAAGGUGCUAACAUCGAGCUAUCGGCGAAAAAUGGCGGAACGGCAAUGCAUGUCGCUGCCUUCAAUGGAAAAGUGGAUCUUUUGAGCACUUUGAUUGAUAAAAAGGCCAAAAUUGAUGCACAAAAUGAAAAUGGUGUGACGCCUCUGCACUGUGCCGCUCAAGAAGGUCACAACGAUGCAGUGGUAUUGUUGAUCCGCAAAGGUGCUAACAUCGAGCUAUCGGCGAAAGAUGGCGGAACGGCAAUGCAUGUCGCUGCCUCCGGUGGAAGAGUGGAUGUUUUGAGCACUUUGAUUGAUAAAAAGGCCAAAAUCGAUGCACAAACUGAAAAUGGUGUGACGCCUCUGCACUUUGCCGCUCAAGAAGGUCACAACGAUGCAGUGGUAUUGUUGAUCCGCAAAGGUGCUAACAUCGAGCUAUCGAGGAAAGAUGGUAGAACUGCAAUGCAUGUCGCUGCCUUCAAUGGAAGAGUGGAUGUUUUGAGCACUUUGAUUGUUAAAAAAGCCAAAAUUGAUGCACAUGAUGAAAAUGGUGUGACGCCUCUGCAUUGUGCCGCUCAAGAAGGUCACAACGAUGCAGUGGUAUUGUUGAUCCGCAAAGGUGCUAACAUCGAGCUAUCGGCGAAAGAUGGCGGAACGGCAAUGCAUGUCGCUGCCUCCGAUGGAAGAGUGGAUGUUUUGAGCACUUUGAUUGAUAAAAAGGCCAAAAUUGAUGCACAAAAUGAAAAUGGUUGGACGCCUCUGCACUGUGCCGCUCAAGAAGGUCACAACGAUGCAGUGGUAUUGUUGAUCCGCAAAGGUGCCAACAUCGAGCUAUCGAGGAAAGAUGGCAGAACGGCAAUGCAUUCCGCUGCCUUCAAAAGAAGAGUGGAUGUUUUGAGCACUUUGAUUGAUAAAAAGGCAAAAAUUGAUGCACAUGAUGAAAAUGGUUGGACGCCUCUGCACUGUGCCGCUCAAGAAGGUCACAACGAUGCAGUGGUAUUGUUGAUCCGCGAAGGUGCUAACAUCGAGCUAUCGACGAAAGAUGGCGGAACGGCAAUGCAUGUCGCUGCCCUAAGUGGAAAAGUGGAUGUUUUGAGAACUCUGAUUGAUAAAAAAGCCAAAAUUGAUGCACAUGAUGAAAAUGGUGUGACGCCUCUGCACUUUGCCGCUCAAGAAGGUCACAACGAUGCAGUGGUAUUGUUGAUCCGCAAAGGUGCUAACAUCGAGCUAUCGAGGAAAGAUGGCAGAACGGCAAUGCAUUCCGCUGCCUUCAAUGGAAGAGUGGAUGUUUUGAGCACUUUGAUUGAUAAAAAGGCCAAAAUUGAUGCACAUGAUGAAAAUGGUUGGACGCCUCUGCACCAUGCCGCUCAAGAAGGUCACAACGAUGCAGUGGUAUUGUUGAUCCGCAAAGGUGCUAACAUCGAGCUAUCGGCGAAAGAUGGCGGAACGGCAAUGCAUGUCGCUGCCUCCGAUGGAAGAGUGGAUGUUUUGAGCACUUUGAUUGAUAAAAAGGCCAAAAUUGAUGCACAAAAUGAAAAUGGUUGGACGCCUCUGCACUGUGCCGCUCAAGAAGGUCACAACGAUGCAGUGGUAUUGUUGAUCCGCAAAGGUGCUAACAUCGAGCUAUCGAGGAAAGCUGGCAGAACGGCAAUGCAUUCCGCUGCCUUCAAUAGAAGAGUGGAUGUUUUGAGCACUUUGAUUGAUAAAAAGGCCAAAAUUGAUGCACAUGAUGAAAAUGGUUGGACGCCUCUGCACUGUGCCGCUCAAGAAGGUCACAACGAUGCAGUGGUAUUGUUGAUCCGCAAAGGUGCUAACAUCGAGCUAUCGACGAAAUAUGGCAGAACGGCAAUGCAUGUCGCUGCCUUCAAUGGAAGAGUGGAUGUUUUGUGCACUUUGAUUGAUGAAAAAGCCAAAAUUGAUGCACAUGAUGAAGAUGGUUGGACGCCUCUGCACUUUGCCGCUCAACAAGGAAACAACGAUGCAGUGGUAUUGUUGAUCCGCAAAGGUGCUAACAUCGAGCUAUCGAGGAAAGAUGGCAGAACGGCAAUGCAUUCCGCUGCCUUCAAUAGAAGAGCAAAAAUUGAUGCACAUGCUGAAAAUGGUUGGACGCCUCUGCACUGUGCCGCUCAAGAAGGUCACAACGAUGCAGUGGUAUUGUUGAUCCGCAAAGGUGCUAACAUCGAGCUAUCGAUGAAAGACGGCAGAACGGUAAUGCAUGUCGCUGCCUCCGAUGGAAGAGUGGAUGUUUUGAGCACUUUGAUUGAUAAAAAGGCCAAAAUUGAUGCACAAACUGAAAAUGGUGUGACGCCUCUGCACUUUGCCGCUCAAGAAGGUCACAACGAUGCAGUGGUAUUGUUGAUCCGCGAAGGUGCUAACAUCGAGCUAUCGCUGAAAGAUGGCAGAACGGCAAUGCAUGUCGCUGCCUUCAAUGGAAGAGUGGAUGUUUUGAGCACUUUGAUUGAUAAAAAGGCAAAAAUUGAUGCACAUGAUGAAAAUGGUUGGACGCCUCUGCACUGUGCCGCUCAAGGAGGUCACAACGAUGCAGUGGUAUUGUUGAUCCGCGAAGGUGCUAACAUCGAGCUAUCGAUGAAAGAUGGCGGAACGGCAAUGCAUGUCGCUGCCCUAAGUGGAAAAGUGGAUGUUUUGAGAACUCUGAUUGAUAAAAAAGCCAAAAUUGAUGCACAAACUGAAAAUGGUGUGACGCCUCUGCACUGUGCCGCUCAAGAAGGUCACAACGAUGCAGUGGUAUUGUUGAUCCGCAAAAGUGCUAACAUCGAGCUAUCGAGGAAAGAUGGCAGAACGGCAAUGCAUUCCGCUGCCUUCAAUAGAAGAGUGGAUGUUUUGAGCACUUUGAUUGAUAAAAAGGCAAAAAUUGAUGCACAUGCUGAAAAUGGUUGGACGCCUCUGCACUGUGCCGCUCAAGAAGGUCACAACGAUGCAGUGGUAUUGUUGAUCCGCAAAGGUGCUAACAUCGAGCUAUCGAGGAAAGAUGGCAGAACGGCAAUGCAUUCCGCUGCCUUCAAUGGAAGAGUGGAUGUUUUGAGCACUUUGAUUGAUAAAAAGGCAAAAAUUGAUGCACAUGAUGAAAAUGGUGUGACGCCUCUGCACUGUGCCGCUCAAGAAGGUCACAACGAUGCAGUGGUAUUGUUGAUCCGCAAAGGUGCUAACAUCGAGCUAUCGAGGAAAGAUGGCAGAACGGCAAUGCAUUCCGCUGCCUUCAAUGGAAGAGUGGAUGUUUUGAGCACUUUGAUUGAUAAAAAGGCCAAAAUUGAUGCACAUGAUGAAAAUGGUGUGACGCCUCUGCACUGUGCCGCUCAAGAAGGUCACAACGAUGCAGUGGUAUUGUUGAUCCGCAAAGGUGCUAACAUCGAGCUAUCGAGGAAAGAUGGCAGAACGGCAAUGCAUUCCGCUGCCUUCAAUGGAAGAGUGGAUGUUUUGAGCACUUUGAUUGAUAAAAAGGCAAAAAUUGAUGCACAUGAUGAAAAUGGUUGGACGCCUCUGCACUGUGCCGCUCAAGGAGGUCACAACGAUGCAGUGGUAUUGUUGAUCCGCGAAGGUGCUAACAUCGAGCUAUCGAUGAAAGAUGGCGGAACGGCAAUGCAUGUCGCUGCCCUAAGUGGAAAAGUGGAUGUUUUGAGAACUCUGAUUGAUAAAAAAGCCAAAAUUGAUGCACAAACUGAAAAUGGUGUGACGCCUCUGCACUGUGCCGCUCAAGAAGGUCACAACGAUGCAGUGGUAUUGUUGAUCCGCAAAGGUGCUAACAUCGAGCUAUCGAGGAAAGAUGGCAGAACGGCAAUGCAUUCCGCUGCCUUCAAUGGAAGAGUGGAUGUUUUGAGCACUUUGAUUGAUAAAAAGGCAAAAAUUGAUGCACAUGCUGAAAAUGGUUGGACGCCUCUGCACUGUGCCGCUCAAGAAGGUCACAACGAUGCAGUGGUAUUGUUGAUCCGCAAAGGUGCUAACAUCGAGCUAUCGAGGAAAGAUGGCAGAACGGCAAUGCAUUCCGCUGCCUUCAAUGGAAGAGUGGAUGUUUUGAGCACUUUGAUUGAUAAAAAGGCAAAAAUUGAUGCACAUGAUGAAAAUGGUGUGACGCCUCUGCACUGUGCCGCUCAAGAAGGUCACAACGAUGCAGUGGUAUUGUUGAUCCGCAAAGGUGCUAACAUCGAGCUAUCGAUGAAAGACGGCAGAACGGCAAUGCAUGUCGCUGCCUCUGAUGGAAGAGUGGAUGUUUUGAGCACUUUGAUUGAUAAAAAGGCCAAAAUUGAUGCACAAACUGAAAAUGGUGUGACGCCUCUGCACUUUGCCGCUCAAGAAGGUCACAACGAUGCAGUGGUAUUAUUGAUCCGCAAAGGUGCCAAUAACUAGCUAUCGAGGAGAGACGGCAGAACGCCACAUACCCCUACAGAGGUGUGAGCAGGGCGAUUUAUCUUUAAGAUAAUUAAUCAUGACCAAUUUUAAUCAGAUUUGGCAAACAAUAAACGAUCCGAUUAUUUCCACAGAUAUAAACAACAUUAACAUAUACAGUGACCGGCAUAAUAAAAAGCCCACUAGCCGAUUUUCAUACAAAAUGG